CAUUAACGAACUUGCUUCCUCAACAUGUAACAGUAGUAUCAUCCAAUCACACAGAUAGCUCUAAAACUUGAAAUCACACAGAGAGAAACGAUUUUAGCAGUUGAUUCAGUUGUUUCUGACUGGAAAUCCGCGGAAAAAUGGAGGCUGAGGAAGCAAACAAAGCGGACUCAUCACCAUCAACAACAACAACAGCAACAACCGACUCAGAAACCCUAGUUUCAGCAACCGAACCCAAUCAGCAGCCGACACGUCACCAGAAUCCUCUGCUAGCUGUAGAAGCAGGAGGAGAGAAUCGAAUCGGGGAAUCGAAAUCGAUUUCUUCGUUAGACCAGAAGGAGAUCGUGAGAGCUCUGGAAAUCUUGGAGAGGGACUCGGUGGCCAUCGCCGAGAGCUUCACUUCUCUCUUCGCUUCUCUCCGUUUGGCUCUAUCCGAGGCAACAAGCACUUCAGUUGAUCACAUGCAUUGCUUCAGUGAUGCUGCGGGCCGACUUCAAGAAUGUGCACUUGAUGCAGCGACAAAAGGGAAUCGGUAUAUAAAUUCCUGUCUGAGAUUGAACGAGGAAAUGAAAGGCGUGGACAGUCUAGGCACACAACUAAAAAUCUUGCGGAGGAAUGUUGAUACUUUGGACUUGGCUGUGAAUAGGCUACUCCGGCUUCCAUGAUGGUGGUUGAUAUUACAGAUGUUUUUGAAAAUGCUAGGAAGAAAAACAAACUGAUGCAUUGUUUGAACCACUGCAGCGUGUGAUUCUGUUUUUGUUUUUGUAUUUUGUUUUAUGAAUAUUAUUUUGUUAUUAUUAUUUUUAUUUGGGGUCAGGGAUACAAAACAUGAUAAAAGAUGAAGAAACAAAACAAUAGGGUAAUUAGAAGUGGAUGGAAAAAAGGCAGCCUUUGAGCUUUAGCCCAAUUAUGUGAAGCCCAUAUUCAAGCAAAUUUAGCCCAAUUAUUUUCGUUUCAUAAAUAAACAUCUCUAAGAUUGUAAUGUGUCAUCAAAACUUGGAAUAUAUGGUUUAUAAUUAUCAUGUCAUUAUUAA